UGUGCUCCUGUGAAUAGUAAAAGAACCAAAGAUUUGAAAUAGUGAAAAUAAAAAUUUGGUAGUUUUUAUCUCUGUCUCUUUUUGACUGAUUUCGGCGAGCAUUUUGCAAGCUUCGUUAAGUGAAACAAAUUGAAAGAAACAUGAGUGCGUUCAAGAGAUAUCAAAGUAAGGUGUUCUGGGACCAAAUGGCCUCACACGAUCUGGAGGAUGAUCGUUCUGGAGGAAGAAACGAUCCCCCGCAUUAUUCUUUCAAUGAACAUGGCCGUGAAAAAGAGGAGAAAGAAGAAGAAGAAGAAGAUUCGACCAAGUCAGAAAAUGAUACAGUCGAUGAUAUGAAUAUCACCGCGAUACAUGUCUGUAACGACGAAAACACAAAACAAAACGCGUGUCAGAUUUCGUUGAUACGCGAUGAAAGUAUAACACGUCGUAGAAUGUCAAUGGAGGAAACCGAUAAAGGGGAGGAGGAGUGCGAGAGAAGAAACAGAUCCUACAGUCCUUUGAGUCAAGAUUUCAAGAGCCAGGACUCCGGAUUCUCAGAUUCUGAGAGAUCGGACUGUUCGGAGGCUUAUGAGAACGCAACUCCAAGGCGGAAAUUGAGGAGGAAACGAAUGAGACAUAGGCUCCAGCCAGCUUCUCCAUGGCUGGAGGAAGGAUCUCCUCCGAUACCGACGCAUACGUCCACGCCAAAGGAUUCCAGGAUAUUCGCGAGAAAUCGGUUAGAAAAGCCUGCAAGAAGCCCGUCACGAGAACAAAGGGCUGACGAGGAUCAGGACAACGCAUCGAAAGUACCCUCCUCCGUAUCAUUGGGGGAAGAAAGUCUAUGUGAUUUUCUGUACACAUCUGAGCCGCCGGAAGAUAGCAUUCAGUCGUCAAUAACGAAAUCGUGGGCUUCCACUAAUGCCGCGGAAGCAAUCGCCGCCGGCAGGGACGUGUUGAAGUCCAGAAAUUAUCGUCAAUCAUCAUCCAUGAGGGCAUGGCUCACUGACCUCACUACGAUGACCGAGAACGAGUGCGGCAACACGCUGCAAAGCAAGACUUUACCGCGCAGAGAAGUCCGAAUGAUGUCUGGCGAGGUUCACGUGCGAGAUUUGAAGAUGUUAUCUUCUGCAGCCACCGCGGCCGCAAGCAAACUUCUAGUCAACGCAGAACAAUUCGAGCAACAUUAUCAGAGUAUUGUGGAGAAAAUAACUCGGCUGGAAGGUGGCAGAUUUGAAAUGGAGCUUCUUCGCAAUAUAGAAGAAGCCGCAUUUUCGAUUCUCUCUCAAUUAGGUGCACCUCCUCCCCGCAGGGUACAGCAGGGUAGUCUGAGAAGCAUCCUCGCGCAAUUGCAAAAUAUGAAAAUAUACGUCGACAGCACAGUCGACACGCGCUUAGAUUUUUACAUCGAGAAAAUAGUCCGAGGUCUCGAGGAAGCUCCACGGGAGGAUAGUACCGUGGCUAGAGGCGCUCUGGCAGCCCUGACGGCUUUAGGAUUGUCAGAUCCUCGCGCGGGAAGCAGCAUAGCUCGAUGUUCCGGCAUAAAGGCUCUCUUAACGUGUCUCGUCACCGCUAGUCUACUAUCAAAUGAUCUCGUUGCGAUCACGUUACGUGCUCUGGCCAGCGUGUGCAGUUCCGCGACAGCGAUCGAAUGUUUCGCCCGAGAAGGCGGUCCUGAGCUAUUGACGGAUUUCCUGGGUGCGGAAUCUUCCUCCGAGAAGGAAGAGACUGAAGCCACCGCCUUGGUAGUGCAAAUCACGGCAUCGUGGACCAAUGCGCGAGGUCUACCAUAUCUCGAACCCUUUGCAGACUCGCUGAUUCCGGCAUUGAAUCAGCUGGUCGAGAAUACAAAUUGCGCACAAACGUUGUUGUUGGCCGCCGCGGCGCUCAAUCAAUUGUCCAAGUCGAGAAUAUGCGUUACGAUUAUAUUAGAAGAAGACAGCGUGAAGAAGCUCCUAAGAAGCGUGAAGAAAUCUGCCGGCGGUAACGUAUGGCUGAUGGAGCAAGUUGCUGCAUUAAUCGGUGAACUGGCGCGGGUUCCUGAAGGCCGAUCGCAUUUAGCGAAGGCACGAGCCUCUGUAGCAUUAGUUUCUUUUCUCCGAAUGAGGCCACCGGGUCUGGAGGACGCAUACCAACGGCUGGAGAUUACCGCAGCAGCUGCGUUGACCCGACUCUGCGUAGAACCGGAGAUCGCAAGACAAGUGGUCGCUGUCGGCGGCGGGGAUUGUUUGCCCGGAUCAUGCAGAGUAAAUGAAGCUCAAAUGGAUCAGAAGGAUGAGACGCAGGCGGAAACGGGCUUGUUCAGAUAUACUAGAUCAUUGAGACGAGCGUGCAAAAAGGCUGCGAAACAAAUCGGGAUCGCGAAGGCAAAGGAUCACAGCCCACUGGACUGAGGGGGUUCUGGAAAGGACAAAAAUUUGUUGCGAUAAUUCAUACAAUGUUGAAGAAGUGAGAGAUAACGCACAAUGAAAAAAAAU